CUUUGAGUAGAGCGAUAACACUUUUUAAAAAUCCCAAAAAUGGCUAGCCGCCGUCUCCAUGAUGUUUUCACCAAGACCGCCGCCAAAUCUCAAGUCCUUACUGCCAUCGGCGGCGCCAAAUCCAAAGAAAGCAAAUAUCAGUACCAAAUUCAUAAAUUCAAGCAAUCCUCAAACAAACCCAAAUUUCGCCGCAACUUUACAAAUUAUGAAUUAUUCAUACACAAACUCAUCCGAACAAAACAGUUCUCAGCUAUUGAAGAUGUCAUCCAACACCAAAAAAUUUACCCAGAAAUUAAAAACGAGCGUUUCGUUGUACGAUUCAUUUCAUUAUAUGGAAAAGCUGGUAUGUUCGAGCAUGCCCAGAAACUGUUCGAUGAAAUGCCUCAAUUAAACUGUGAACGUACAGUCAUGUCAUUCAAUGCUCUAUUGGCAGCUUGUGUUAAUUCGAAGAAAUAUGAUAAGGUUAAUGAGAUUUUCAAGGAAUUACCUGGGAAAUUAGGUAUCGAGCCUGAUGUUUUUUCAUAUAAUACGAUGAUUAAGGCGUUAUGCGACAUGGGUUCAUUGGAUUCUAUUGUUUCGAUAAUGAAUGAGAUGGGAAAAAAUGGAAUUGACCCUGAUGUUAUUACUUUCAAUACGCUUUUAGAUGGGUUUUACAAGAAUAAUAGGUUUUCUGAAGCUGAAAAAAUAUGGACUCGGAUGGAAAAGAUGAAAGUGAUUCCGAAUGUUAGGAGUUAUAAUUCGCGACUACGCGGAUUGGCAGAGAAUAAUCAGGUUGUAGAAGCUGAGAAAUUGUUUGAGGAGAUGAAGAAAAGGGGAGUAAAUCCUGAUACUCAUAGUCAUAACGCGAUGAUUACAGGUUGUGCUAAAGAUGGGAAUUUGGAAUUGGCUAAAAGUUGGUACGCGAAAUUGUGGGAAAAUGGUUGUCUUCCUGAUCUUGCGACGUUCAGUUUACUUAUUCCUCUGGCCUGGGAUAAAGAUGAUCCUGAUUUUGCUUAUGACUUGUGCAAGAAGUGUAUUGAUUUGAGACGAAAUGUUUAUACUAUUACAAUACAACGGGUUGUUGAUAUGUUGGUUGUACGAUCCAUGAUCAAAGAAGCGAAAGAGCUUGUGGAGUUAGGAAAGAAUUGUUCUUUUCGUUAUAGGCUGUCAGUGCCAAUAACUGUAAUCUGCGAUGCCUAAGUCUCUACUGAUUCAGCUUAAGAUUUAACAAGAUUUCAAUUUUGAUGAUUGAGCCAUCCGUGAUUGGAGAAGUAGUGGAGUUGAGGACCAUUAUAAGCUGGAAAAGGGAAACGAUGCUUAGUGAUGCAACAUCUCUGUCAAAAUUUGGUAUUUUAUAUGUUUCUCCUAUUGAUCUGGGCUGCACUAUAUCAGCAACUUGUUGGGUUUCCGAGGAGUACAAAUAACCUCUGUUUUUUUUCUUUAGAUUUGGCGAGCAUCUGGAAUAACUAGUGAAUUACAACCCUAUUGUACAUCAAUUGGGGCAUUGGUUUUUGCACCGGCAUCUGUCUUUUAAGUUAAGUCAUUUCCUAAGACGGCUCCUCUUAUUUCCAAGUUGCAGCGGUACCUCACGAAUUUCAUACGGGGGCAAUACUAUAAUGGGCAUUUGUGAGUGUUUGGAUGCAAGUGUUUUGUUCAUAUUCCUGCGCAGUUAAGAAAAAAUUGAAUUAUGAAACAGCAACUAUUGAUUUGGCCUGCACUAUGUCAGGUGUGUCUUGUUUCGAUUAUGAGACAUCAACUAUUGAUUUGGGCUGCACUAUAUCAGGAGUUUAGUUCUUAUGUUGGGUACGCGACAUCAGAAUGUAGGCAAUUUUAACAUGCUUUUUACCUUAACUCCCUAAAGAAGUUUAUCUUUAGCUAAGCUUUUUGCUUCAACGUCACAUUUUUAUUAUUAUUUUCAAUAUUAUUUGCUUUA